AUGUCGUCGACAAAUGAAGACUUAGAUGUCCACCUGGACAGCUUGCCUUACAUCGACGGAGCUGUCCCCCCCGAUCUUGCGGAGGUAGUCGACAAUCUGAUAGCAGAGGAGCUAGCGCGGGGACCGAAACCAACGGACAUCCUGCUCCCACCAGAGAUCACACUGUUCGAGUCCAAUCCACUUCUCGCCGCGGACCUAGAACGUGUAGCCAACACCUCCAAACCAACAACCCUCAUCAAUACUACCCGCUUCCGACUUGAACCACCACCACAAAAGUCGUCACUCGAAACAUGGGAGAAGGCAGUCGAGAACGCGCAGGCACAGCUGGAACACCAAUCCAAUCGGUUGAUCAACCUAGAACUAGUCAAUUCAUUUGGGUCGAAUGCGUGGAAGGUACAUUGUCAUCAGCUGGAGUGGUUGAACAAGAGCUUGGCAAAGGAGGUGGAGGAGAUCAAGAAAGAGGUGGUGGAUAUAAACAAGGACAGGAAAGUUGAGCAGCUCAAAGUCGGUCAAACGCUUCAGCAAUUGUCGUACCGGUAUUCGAUGAUGCUGCAUCAGACGCUGCAAGUUGACGCAGCGACCAAUGCUUUAGAGAGAGAGGUGGAAGCGUUACGGGCUCAGAAGGAGCAACUUUCGCAGGCUUAG